UAUUCUUAACCGUCCAAUAAAUGUUCACCAAUCCGAUAGUCAUAUGAUCAAAUAAGCAUUAGUUUCGGUUCAUCAUACAUCAAAACUGAGACCCAUAAUUUGGACAUUUAUUUCAAUUACUUGUAUGCCAAGUAGUCAACUUCUAAGUGCCUGCAUAUCAUCCAUCCCACUCCCAGAGUAUCAAAGAUUUAACUGACUAACUGGCGCUCUUAUUUAAAUUAUGAAAGAAAAAAACUAGCCGUUGUCAAAGAUCACCAUGUUACUAUUUUCAUGUUCUUCAGUUCUCAAAAGCUCACCAUGUCUUCACCCGCCAUCUUCUUUUUUGAUUUUACCGGAAAUCAAAACCUGCAAAACCAUCAGAGAUUUGCAGCAGCUCCACGCCCAAAAGAUCAAGACGGGCCGGAUCCGUGACCCAUUUAUCGCAGCGGAGAUCCUAAAAUUCUGCGCCCUCUCUGAUCAUCACCGCAAUCUCCGAUACGCCCGCAUGGUUUUUUACCAGAUGGAAGAACCCAAUUGUUUUUCUUGGAACACCAUCAUCAGAGCUUUCUCUGAGAGCGAUGAACCAUUCGAGGCGUUAGUCAUUUACCAUCGGAUGCUUUGUGAUGAAUCUGCCAAGCCCAAUCACUACACCUUCCCGCCGGUGUUGAAAGCGUGUGCUCGAGUGACGGGAAUCGAAGAAGGAAAGCAGAUUCAUGGGCAGAUCAUCAAGCGUGGGUUGGAUUGCGACGGAUUCGUCCGUAGCAAUCUCGUGAGGAUGUAUGUGUUUUGCGGUGUCAUGGAUGAUGCUCAUCGGUUAUUCAACAGAAGUGUUGAAUCUGAUGAUGCAUGGAGUGAUGACGUGCGGGAAGGAAAUGUGGUUUUGUGGAAUGUUGUCAUUGAUGGGUACAUUAGACUUGGAGCAACUGAGGAUGCGCGGAGACUAUUUGACAAAAUGCCUCAAAGAAGUUUGGUAUCUUGGAAUGGUAUGAUAGCUGGGUACGCACAAAAUGGUUUCUUCAAGGAGGCCUUGGAGAUCUUCCAUGAGAUGCAGAUGGCGAAUGUGCAGCCUAAUUACGUUACAUUGGUUAGCAUCCUCCCGGCGAUCUCACGCCUGGGGGCACUUGAUAUGGGUAAGUGGGUUCAUGCAUUUGCAGAGAAGAACAAAAUUGAGGUGGAUGAUGUGCUUGGGUCUGCACUGAUUGAUAUGUAUUCAAAGUGUGGGAGCAUAGACAAGGCCCUUCAGGUAUUCAGGGGUCUACCGCAGAGGAACUCUGUCACUUGGAGUACAAUCAUCGGAGGGCUUGCAAUGCAUGGCCAAGCUAAGGAUGCACUUGACCAUUUCUUGCAGAUGGAACUUGCUGGAGUAAUGCCUAGUGACGUGGCUUUUAUUGGUGUGUUGAGUGCAUGCAGCCAUGCAGGUUUGGUCGAUGAGGCCCGAUCAUAUUGGAAUAAAAUGACUAGAGUAUAUGGGUUAAGACCUCGGAUAGAGCAUUAUGGGUGCAUGGUAGAUCUGUUUGGUCGUGCCGGGUUGCUGCAAGAAGCUGAGGAGCUUGUACUGAACAUGCCCAUGAAGCCAGACGAUGUUAUAUGGAAGGCCUUGCUAGGUGCUUGUAGAAUCCACGGCAAUGUUGAGAUGGGUGAAUGUGUGGCAAAGCGUCUGAUGGAGUUGGCUCCUCAUGAUGGUGGAUGUUAUGUGCUUUUGUCGAACAUGUAUGCCUCUUUAGGCAGAUGGGAGGCUGUUGCAGAAGUGAGGUUGAUGAUGAAGGAGAUGGACAUAAGGAAAGAUCCAGGCUGUAGUUGGAUUGAAAUUGAUGGGAUGAUACAUGAGUUCCUUGUCGAAGAUGACUCCCAUCCAAGAGCCAAAGAGAUCCGUUCCAUGCUCGAGGAAAUGGCCGAUCGGUCGAGGUCAGUAGGGUAUGCACCAGACACCACACAAGUUUUGCUUAACAUUGAUGAGGAAGAGAGAGAAAGUGUCCUCUACUACCACAGUGAGAAGAUUGCAAUUGCUUUUGGCCUAAUUAGCACAAGCCCAGCAACAACGUUGCGAGUGGCGAAGAACCUUCGAAUGUGUGGGGAUUGCCACUCGUCAAUGAAGCUUAUUUCAAAGCUUUACAAUCGUAGGAUAAUUGUGAGAGAUCGAAACCGUUUCCACCAUUUUGAAAAUGGGUUGUGUUCUUGCAUGGAUUAUUGGUGAUUACAACAACGCUAAUGGUUCUUUUUCCACAUUCAAUCAUUUCAUUAAGCAAUCAAGUUCUGUGCCUUUGCCCUUUCAAUAAGCAAAAGCGAGGCAAUGUAUAUUCUUUCAUGUAUUUUACAGAGUUGAAUGAAUGUUUGUAGCAUACACUAACCAAAGUGUGCAAAUUCUAUUAUGCUUC